AGCUAAUCGUCCCGAAGAGAAGCUCUCUUUGAUCUCAUCUCUUUCGAGUUUCUGCCACUUUCGUUGCCAUUCCCCCAUGGCCUUCAAAGCCGUGCUCUUCUUGGUGGCCGCUUUCCUCUUGAUAAACACAAGGGUUUCGUCCAGUGAUGAGGAACUCAAGAUGAAGGCUCCGUCUCCACCGUAUGCCAAAGUCCCAGUGGCAGCUCCUGCGCCGGCCAAGUUGCCAGCCAAACCACCAGCCCUAUCUCCUCCGUCGAAGGCGACACCGCCACCUGCGAAGCCUCCCACACCCACACCAUUGCCCCCAGUGAAGUCCAAAGCAGAUUGCAUCCCACUCUGCGACCAGAGGUGCAAGCUCCACUCCAGGAAGAGGGUGUGCAUGAGGGCGUGCAUGACGUGCUGCGACCGAUGCAGGUGCGUGCCUCCGGGGACGUACGGGAACCAAGAGAUGUGCGGGAAGUGCUACACCGGCAUGACCACCCACGGCAACAGGGUCAAGUGCCCGUCUAAAAUUAUUGUGAAAGUGGGGCCCGCCGUCCAGCAUGCAUACCGUGAUUGGCGGUGUGCCAGCUGGCACGUGCACGCCCGCCCCAUUAGCAAAAAAAAAAAAAAAACCCACUCCUCAGUCUCUGCCAGUGAGUCUCGCUCCUCGAGAAAAUCUCUCUCUUCCUCCCUUCAUCUUCUCCUCUCUCUCUCUCUCUCCGAAGCAGAAGCUCUAACGACAAUGUCGCCGACGCCGCCGCCGCACUGCUCAGCUCUCCUCCGCAUUGCGCCGCUCCUCCUCGCCCUCCUCCUCGUCUCCUCCGCCGGCCCCUCCUCAGCCCGCCUCACCACCGACUACUACGCCAAGUCCUGCCCGCGCUUCCUCCAGAUCAUCCAGGACACCGUCACCGCCAAGCAGAUCUCCACCCCCACCACAGCCGCCGCCACCCUCCGUGUCCACUUCCACGACUGCUUCGCCAACGGCUGCGACGCCUCCAUCCUCCUCUCCGCCGCGCCCCUCUCCCCACCUCCCGAGCGCGACGCCGACAUCAACCUCUCCCUCCCCGGCGAUGCCUUCGACCUCGUCGUCCGCGCCAAGACCGCCCUCGAGCUCGCCUGCCCCGUCACCGUGUCCUGCUCCGACAUCCUCGUCGUCGCCGCGCGCGACCUCGUCACCAUGCUCGGCGGCCCCUACUACGACGUCGCCCUCGGCCGCCGCGACUCCCGGAUCUCCCGCGCCUCCCUCGUCGCCGGUCUCCUCCCGCGGCCCAACAUGACCGUGUCGGAGCUCCUCUCCCUCUUCGCCGCCCGGGGGUUCUCCGCCCAGGAGAUGGUGGCCCUCGCCGGCGCCCACACCGUCGGGCUCUCCCACUGCAAUGAGUUCAGCUCCGGGAUCUACGGCUUCAGCAAGUCCUCCUCGUUCGACCCGAGCUACAACCCGAGGUUCGCUCAGGGGCUGCAGAAGGCCUGCGCCAGCUACGGCACGGACCCCACGCUGUCCGUGUUCAACGACGUGAUGACGCCGAACAAGUUCGACAACAUGUACUACCAGAACCUGCCCAAGGGGCUGGGCCUGCUGGCGUCGGAUCGGGGGCUGUACGGGGAUCCGAGGACGAGGCCGUUCGUGGAGAUGUACGCCAAAGACCAGGGCACGUUCUUCAGGGACUUCGCUAAGGCGAUGCAGAAGCUGAGCCUCUAUGGGGUCCAAACCGGGAGGAGAGGCGAGAUCAGGCGAAGGUGUGAUGCUGUCAACUAGAUCUCCUCUCAUUUCUCGACGGUUGUCGAUUCUUGUUCUCUUUGGUGUGUUAUGAUCGAGAGAGCGAGAUGGGGUUGAGGAUGAGGGGUGGGAUUUUUCAUUUUGUAUUCAAAUUUCUUCUUGGGGCCAAUAUGUAUACGUGAUGAUGAUGUUUGUACUGGAGUUAAAGGCAUUAUAGAUGACAAAAAUUUCACUUUUU